AUGGAGCUCAGCCCACUCCAUGUGAUGCUCUUGCUGAUUUUACUUCUAUCAGUUCCAAAUGCCCAAGGGAAUCCAAAAGCUGUGGUGUUCAUAAAACCUGCUAACCAUGUGUUCACUUGUGAGAGAGUUACUCUCAGAUGUGACAUACGUGGGGGAGGAGACACUGAGUGGACCUACAGCUGGUACCGAAAUAAUGACAGACUUCAUAAGGGUGGAGAGAGAUUCAGUGCAGGCAGCACAGAGCAGGAAGUCACCAUCAGUUGUGUGUUAAAAUCAGACAGCGGUACCUACACCUGCAGAGGACAGAGACGUGACUCUCAGAGCUCAGAGAUCAGUGAUGCUGUUACACUGACUGUAUCAGGAACACCACAGGCAGUACUGAGUGUAUCUCCACAGAGCUGGCUGACUGAAGGAGACUCAGUGACUCUAAACUGUGAGGUUACAGACUCCUCUACAGACUGGACAUUCAGCUGGUACAGAGAUGUUGCCUACAAGAGACCAGAGGCAGUACUGAGUGUAUCUCCACAGAGCUGGCUGACUGAAGGAGACUCAGUGACUCUAAACUGUGAGGUUACAGACUUCUCUACAGACUGGACAUUCAGCUGGUACAAUGUGGUUCCCUCUAGACAUGGCGCGACUCAAAUAAUAACCAAUCAUAGCUCUAUCAUGUAUGUGGAGCUCCUCUCAGACAGCAGCAGAGGAUCUGGAGGCUCCUACACUCUCAGUCCUGCUGCUCUUAAACACACAGGAGUUUAUGUGUGCAGAGGAGAGUGGACGGAUAAAACCGUUAAGACAUUUUACAGCAACCUACAACCACUAUGGAUCACUGAUGAAUCUCCUCCAGUCUCUCUGAUCAUCAAUCCCAACAGAACUCAACACUUUACUGGUGACUCUCUCUCACUGAGCUGUGAGGACCAGAGUAACUCUACUGGAUGGACAGUGAGACGAUACACAGAGAGUGAGAGAGUGUCAGAUUGUUCAAAGUGGGGAUCAGUUACAGGAUCUACAUGUAAAAUCAGCUCCCUCGACACAUCCUACACUGGAGUUUACUGGUGUGAGUCUGAAUCUAAAACCAGUAAUCCUGUCAACAUCACUGUGCAUGAUGGUGAUGUGAUCUGGGAGAGUCCUGUCCAUGCUGUGACUGAAGGACAUCCUCUGACUCUACGCUGUUUAGUUCGCAAGACAAAGAGAUCAAACUUUAGACCAUAUUUCUAUAAAGAUGGAUCAGUUCUCCAGACACAGACUACAGGAGAGAUGAUCAUUAAUAAGGUCUCAAAGUCAGAUGAAGGUUUCUACCACUGUAAACACCCAGAGAGAGGAGAGUCACUGAAAAGCUGGGUCUCAGUUAGGGGUGUAGACGAUGUAGAAGCUCCAUUCUCACUGCUUAUGCUGAUUAGUAGUGUAGUGACACCCGGUCCAUAUCUGCUGGUGACCAUCAUUUUGCUGGUCAAAUGUUACAGAGCUAGAGUUCACACUGAAGAGAAAAUCAAGGCUUCAGUCGUAGAGGAGUGAGUGAAUUUAAUCUAAAAGAAUGCAUGUUGGAUGUGGAUGUUUUGGGCAUUCGCAUUAAGAUUAUUUUGAAAUUUUAGAAUAAUGUUGUCUUGUUAUAAUGUCCUGCUAUUAAAAGCACACAGAGAUUUCUGAAUUUUCUGCAUAGUACUUUUUAAAUGUACAGAAUUAUGUAAUCUGGUUGCAACAAUGUAUCAUAUGACGUACAAGAGAUACAAAAAGAAAAUGUUGAGUGUACCUUCUUAAAUAUUUGCAU